UCGCUUCUUCUUCUUCUUCUUCUUCUUCAAAUCUCUCUCUCUCUCUCUCUCUCUCUCUCUCUCUCUCUCUCUCUUCAACUUUUGAAUUGUACCACUCGAAUCAGUAAAUGUUGUCUCUCAUUGUGUCUAACUCAAACUCUGCCAAAACCCAACUCUGCUUCCACCCAAUACUAAGUAGUGUAUUAAAAUCUUGCUUCUCUCUCUUCACUUUCAUUUAACUUCAACAACUAAUACUUCUUUUCCUUUCCAAGAUCCGGGUUUGCCCUUUUCAUUUUUUUUAUAAUUUUUAUGUUUUUAAUCGUUAUUUUUUUUUUUUUUUUAAUAAUUCGUCUCCAGCAGGUUCGUACCGAUUUCAUUUGGGCAUUCUUCUUUUUCCUAUUCUAAUGCUGCAUUCAUUUCCAUUUGUGAUGGUAUCAUUGAGCUGAAACUUUAUCAUUCAUGCUCAUGAAUGAUGAUAAUGAUGAUGAUGGAUUACUACUUCUUUUUUUUUCGUUUCUGUUGUAUUUAAUCAUUUGAGCCCUUUUGGUUUUCCCACCUUAACUCCCUAAAUUUUCAACAAAGAUCGUGUCUUUAUGAGACGUUGAUGCUAUUUUGAUUAUUGGGUUUUCUGUAAAAUGGAGUUUGAACCUCUGAGUCUAAGCAACGAGAUCAUUGAAUUUGAUAUGAUUGGUUUGGGGGAUGAUGCUGCUAUUGAUAUUGAGCAUGCUGUGGAAGAAGAUGAUGACCUUGUUAAUGUUGACAAUGGUCCUGCUGCUGUUACUUCUAUUACCAGUUUAGCUGCUACUACGGGACCUCACAUCCCUGGAGGGGACACAAAUCUUGAACCUUAUCAGGGUAUGGAAUUUGAAUCAGAAGAGGCUGCUAAGGCCUUUUAUAAUUCCUAUGCACGCCGUGUUGGCUUCAGUACACGGGUGAGCAUGUCUCGCCGCUCCAGGCGUGAUGGUGCUAUAAUUCAGAGGUCUUUUGUGUGUGCCAAGGAAGGUUUUCGUGUGGAGAAAGAGAGGAAUUCUCUAGAUGGAAGAAUCAAGCGGCCUCGUGCCGAAACCCGUGUUGGUUGCAAGGCCAUGUUGGUUGUGAAAAUUCAAGAUUCUGGCAGAUGGGUUGUUUCUUCCUUUGUCAAGGAACACAACCAUGAAUUGGUUCCACCUGACAAGGUGCAUUGCCUUCGCUCUCACCGCCAUGUUUCAGGUCCAGCUAAGUCGUUGAUUGAUACUUUGCAGGGUGCUGGCAUAGGGCCCAGCGGAAUUAUGUCUGCUCUUAUCAAAGAAUAUGGUGGAAUUAGCAAUAUUGGUUUCACUGAGCGUGACUGUAGGAAUUAUAUGAGGAGCAGUAGACAAAGGACCCUUGGAGGUGAUACUCAAAUCCUCUUGGAUUAUUUGAAGAGCAAACAAGCAGAGAAUCCCUCAUUUUUCUAUGCUGUGCAGGGUGAUGAAGAUCAUUGCAUGAGUAAUAUCUUCUGGGUUGAUCCUAAGGCCAGGACUAACUACACUUACUUUGGUGACACUGUCACCUUUGACACAACAUAUAGGUCUAACCGCUAUAGAUUGCCUUUUGCACCUUUCACUGGAGUUAAUCAUCAUGGACAGCCUGUAUUAUUUGGUUGUGCUCUCUUGAUAAAUGAAUCCGAGGCAUCUUUUGUAUGGCUGUUCAAAACCUGGCUUGAAGCAAUGUCAGGGCAACAUCCAGUUUCAAUUACUACUGAUCAUGAUAGGGUGAUUCGCGUAGCCAUCAACAAUGUCUUUCCUGAUACCCGUCACCGAUUUUGCAAGUGGCACAUUUUUAAAGAAUGCCAAGAGAAGUUGUCUCAUGUACUUUCUGAACACCAUGAUUUUGAAGCUAACCUCCAUAAAUGUGUUAACCUGACAGAGUCUAUUGAGGAGUUUGAGUCUUGUUGGUCCUCUCUAAUUGAUAGGUAUGAUCUUAGAGAACAUGAAUGGCUCCAAGCAAUUUAUGGUGAUAGGAGGCAGUGGGUUCCAGUGUACUUGAGGGACACAUUUUUUGCAGAAAUGUCAAUAACACAACGAAGUGAUAGCAUAAACUCUUACUUUGACGGAUAUAUUAAUGCAUCAACGACACUUCAGCUUUUUGUUAAGCAGUAUGAGAAGGCUCUGGAAAGCCGUUUUGAGAAAGAAGUCAAAGCUGAUUAUGACACAAUAAACACUGCCCCAGUUCUGAAGACUCCAUCACCUAUGGAGAAACAGGCAGCUGGAGUUUACACAAGGAGAUUGUUCACCAAAUUUCAAGAAGAGUUGUUUGAGACAUUAACUUUCUUGGCAAACAAAGUAGAUGAAGAAGAAAUGAUUCCUGUGUAUAGGGUAGCCAAAUAUGGGGAAAUUCAUAGGGCCUACUUUGUCAGAUUUAACAUUUUCGAGAUGAAAGCUACUUGUAGUUGCCAGAUGUUUGAGUUUUCUGGUCUAGUUUGUAGACAUAUAUUGACUGUUUUUAGGGUGACAAAUAUUCUUACACUGCCACCUCAUUAUAUUUUAAAAAGAUGGAGCAGGAAUGCUAAGAGUGGUGUCAUGUUGGAUGAACGUACUACUGAUUUGUUAAAUGGUGCACAAGAAUCUAUAACUAUCCGAUACAAUAAUCUUCGUCAUGAGGCCCUUAAGUAUGUUGAUGAGGGAGUAAACUCUCCAAAAGUUUAUGAUGUGGCUAUGACUGCUCUUCAGGAGGCUGCAAAUAAAGUGGUACUUGCAACAAAAAAUGGUGGAAGACUGGUUAUUUUGAAUGGAACUUGUAAAGAUGACCUUCAUCAGAGCAACGAAGCAACUACAAGUCGCAGUGAUCAUCAAUUUGGUUCAGAACAAUCUUCAUCUAAGGAUGACCAGGACAGAACAAUUGAGAAGUUGACACGUCAACUUGACCGAGCUCGAAGGAAGUGUGAAGUUUAUAGGUCCAACUUGCUGUUAAUUUUAAAAGACAUUGAAGAGCAGAAUCUAGAAUUAUCAGUUAAAGUUCAAAAUAUCAAGUUAGGUAUGAAAGAUUGAUAUAUGAUUGCCAUUGAUGGAGUUUAUGCCUGUGUAAGUUAACCCUCUUGCAAAGCAUUUUAGUAGGUAUGCCGAGUAAGGAAGUUCGGAAGCCGCCAAGAGUGAAUGCCUAACCAGUUUUAAACUUGUUUCCAUAUGCUGUACUCGUCAGGGUAUGAUUCAUUUUACUUCUAGCAGUUUCGUACAAAUGAAAAAACAUACAUAGUUAGGAGAGACAUCUUGA